UAACUGAUCUCAUGUCGAAUCAGAGCAAGACUGUCUCACGCAGACCACAUUGUAGGCGCGCAGUGAGAAGUAAUAUCGACUAAAAAAGGCACUUCCCCCCUCUCAUCCCUCAAAGAAAUCAAGCAACAUGCGCGAGUGUAUCUCCGUUCACGUGGGCCAGGCUGGCGUCCAGAUGGGCAACACCUGCUGGGAGCUCUACUGUCUUGAGCAUGGCAUCCAGCCGGACGGGCACAUGCCCAACCUCAAGGCUGUGGGCGGCCACGACGACUCCUUCACCACCUUCUUCAGUGACACUGGCGCCGGGAAGUAUGUGCCACGUGCCAUCUUUGUCGACCUGGAACCAACAGUGAUUGACGAGGUUCGCACAGGCACCUACCGGCAGUUGUUCCACCCGGAACAGCUCAUCUCAGGGAAAGAGGAUGCUGCCAAUAACUAUGCCCGUGGACACUACACCAUCGGCAAGGAGAUCAUCGAUUCAGUACUAGACCGCAUCCGCAAACUGGCAGAUCAGUGCACUGGGCUCCAAGGUUUUUUGGUGUUCCACAGCUUUGGUGGAGGCACCGGCUCCGGCUUCACUUCCCUGCUAAUGGAGCGUCUCUCUGUUGACUUUGGGAAGAAGUCCAAGCUCGAGUUUGCCAUUUACCCAGCUCCUCAGGUGUCCACUGCUGUGGUGGAGCCUUACAACUCCAUCCUGACCACCCAUACCACCCUAGAGCACUCCGACUGCGCUUUCAUGGUCGAUAACGAGGCCAUCUACGACAUCUGCCGCCGCAACCUGGACAUUGAGCGUCCUUCUUACACCAACCUCAAUAGGUUGAUCAGCCAGAUAGUCUCUUCUAUCACUGCCUCUCUGCGUUUUGACGGCGCCCUGAAUGUUGACCUGACUGAGUUCCAGACCAACCUGGUGCCCUACCCCCGCAUCCAUUUCCCCCUCGCUACCUACGCACCCGUCAUCUCGGCCGAGAAGGCCUACCACGAGCAGCUGUCUGUGGCCGAGAUCACCAACUCCUGCUUCGAGCCCGCAAACCAGAUGGUGAAGUGUGACCCACGCCAUGGCAAAUACAUGGCCUGUUGCCUGCUCUACCGUGGAGACGUAGUGCCCAAGGAUGUCAACGUGGCCAUUGCAGCCAUCAAGACCAAAAGAAGCAUCCAGUUUGUGGACUGGUGCCCCACUGGCUUCAAGGUGGGUAUCAACUACCAGCCCCCAACCGUGGUGCCCGGUGGUGACCUGGCCAAAGUCCAGAGGGCCGUGUGCAUGCUCAGCAACACCACUGCGAUAGCUGAAGCCUGGGCCCGCCUGGACCACAAGUUCGACCUAAUGUACGCCAAGAGGGCCUUCGUCCACUGGUACGUGGGUGAGGGUAUGGAGGAGGGGGAGUUCUCUGAGGCUAGAGAAGACAUGGCCGCCCUGGAGAAGGAUUAUGAAGAGGUGGGCAUUGAUUCCUUUGAGGAGGAUGAGGAGGGAGAAGAAUAUUAGAGUCUGAUAUUCAAGCGGGCAUCCAACGACAGGAAUGGAUCAGUUCCAUCUCUGUAUUCAUAACACUGGGAGAUAUUACUGCACAGUAGUGGCCAUUUUGGAAAUAGAUGGUAUCCCCUCUCUGAAACCCAUUUCAUCUUCACGUCAUUUACCAAAGAAAGCAAGUUCUACUGUCUUUCCAUCACACAUUCACACAAUAAGGAAGGUCAUGCCCUAUUUCCAUGUCUGUUUUUUUUUGGGGACCUAUUAUAAAAGGUCUUACCUAUUCGAUAUCUAAACUUGAAUAAUAAGUCUAUGUGGUGUUGCUUUCAGAGGAUCAAAUCACAUAUGUCCUGCAAUGAAAGUAAAAUGCCUUUUGACCAAUAUUCGGGGCCUUUGAGGUUGCAAACUUUGCAAGAAAUAAGAUGUCCGUUCAAACUGCAGUCACUGUUGUGUACAAUUUCUGUUUGUCUUUUCAGUGAUGCCCAUUUUUUUUUUUUUUUAUUAUUAUUAUUAUUAAAAAAUCAAGUUGUUGCAGAACCAACUCGCUGUUAUGAGAUGUCUUGGCUUUGUAAAUAAAGUGGUUUAAAACAAA